AACACCAUCCUCUAUCUUCCCAUUGAUGAAUAAGCAGCCUUAGGCCUCUCUCAAGGUGGUCUAAGAUGGCUAACCCUCAAAUAAUAAUAAGGGCCUCUGGCUGCUUCCUCCUCUUCUCCCUUCUCUUUUCUUCUUCUUUUUCAUUUAUUUCUUCAACCUCCUCUACCGGUCGUCGCCAACUCACAGAGCAUCAUGUAGGUGUAGACACCAUUGAAAUUGAAGCUGAGAAACUCAGUUUCCCCAAUUCAAGACUCAAGAGAGCUUACAAGGCCCUCCAGGCAUGGAAAAUGGCAAUUUACUCUGACCCAAACAAAAUGACAGCCAAUUGGGUUGGCCCCAAUGUGUGUUCCUACACCGGUGUUGGCUGUACUUCGGCACUCGACAACCCUUCUUUGAACGUUGUUGCCGGGAUUGAUCUCAACCGCGGUGACAUUGCCGGGUACUUGCCCGAUGAGCUAGAGCUCUUAACCGACGUUGCUAUCUUUCACAUUAAUUCAAACAGGUUCUGUGGCAUCAUCCCCGAGGGGAUGGGGAAGCUUAACCUUCUCCGCGAAUUUGAUGUCAGCAACAAUCGCUUCGUCGGUUCAUUCCCAAAGCCUGUUUUGGAGAUGCAAUCUCUUGCUUAUCUCGAUUUGAGGUUCAAUGACUUCGAAGGACCAUUGCCAGCCGAGCUAUUCAAGAAGGACGAUCUUGAUGCUUUGUUGUUGAACAAUAACCGGUUCACUGGCACCAUCCCCGAAACAUUAGGUGAUUCGCCUGUUUCGGUGGCAGUGUUUUCCAACAACAUAUUCACCGGUUGCCUCCCGAAAAGCAUUGGAAAAAUGAAGAAUUUGAAUGAAAUCAAUUUUUCGGGCAACAAGAUGAGCGGUUGUUUGCCAGAGGAGAUCGGGUUGUUGGGGAAUGCGACAGUGAUAGAUCUAAGCUUUAACAAUUUCACCGGAGUGUUGCCAGUAGGGUUUAGUGGGUUGAAGAGUAUCGAGAUUUUGGAAUUUACAGGAAAUAAGUUGACGGGAGGUAUUUCAGAGACGAUUUGUAGCUUGCCAACGUUGAAGAACUUGACAUUUGCGGACAAUUUCUUCAAGAAAGUGGGGAAAACUUGCUAUGUGAAGGAUAAAUUUGAUUUGUUCAAUGACGAGACUAAUUGUUUGGAUGGGAGGCCGAACCAGAAGUCGAGAGAGGUUUGUUUGCCCAUGGUGACUCGGCCAAUCGAUUGUAGCAAGCAAUGCCGGCCGAAUUCUGAGGACCCUAGCCCGGUUGGACCCAAAUCACCAGCACCAAAACCAGCACCCCAAACUCCAUCGAAGCCGACCCCAUUGACACCAAAACCAACACCCAAGCCACAACCUCCAAAACCAACACCAACACCAACACCAACACCCAAGCCACAACCUCCCAAACCAAAACCGUUGUCACCACCAUCAACACCCAAGCCACAACCUCCAAAGCCAACACCAUUGUCACCACCACCAACACCAAAGUCACAACCACCACCAACACCAAAGCCACAACCUCCAAAACCCACACCAUUGUCACCACCACCAACACCAAAGCCACAACCUCCACAACCCACACCGUUGUCACCAGCACCAAUUCCUACACUUCCUACCAGGCGUAACCCACCACCAGUAUUCAAGGCACCAACCCCAACUCCAACUCCAACUCCAACUCCAACUCCAACCCCUACCCCUACCCCUACCCUUGCACCCAAAACAUCGCCACCACCACAACCACCAAAGACGAUUUUGAGGCCACCAACACCCUCACCAAAGCCAUCUCCCGUUCCAACACCAAAACCAGUCCCGUCUCAACCUACGCCUUCAAUAAAACCCCCAAGACCUGUGUCACCAGCACCGGUUUUCUCACCCGUACCAGCACCUGAACCGGUGAAAAUAACUCCACCACCAAAAGCUGCCUCGCCAGUAGUGCCACCACGAGUUCAACCCCCAAUGCGGCCAGUCCAAUCGCCACCGCCACCACCACCGGUUCAGUCUCCACCCCCGCCAGUUUUCUCUCCCCCACCACCCGUAUUUUCACCACCACCACCGGUUCGGUCUCCACCACCACCAGUAAGGUCCCCACCACCACCAGUCGUAUUCUCACCACCUCCACCGGUUCGGUCCCCACCACCACCUGUCUUCUCUCCUCCACCACCGGUUCACUCCCCACCACCACCGGUAUUCUCCCCACCACCACCCGUCCAAUCACCACCACCACCAUCACCAACCCCAUCUCCUCCUCCUCCAACUCCUGCUCCCGCUCCCGCUCCAAUCUUCUCUCCACCACCACCCGUCUUCUUCCCACCGCCGCCAGUCCAAUCACCACCACCACCAACUCCAUCUCCUCCUCCUCCUACUCCUGCCCCCUCUCCACAACCACCGAGCUUCGAAGACGUCUUCCUCCCACCAAACUUGGGUGCUGAGUACUCGUCGCCGCCACCACCAAUGUUCCAAGGCUAUUAAGUAGUCUACCGUCAGCAUAUUUCUACUUCAUUAUCUGUAAUUUGAAUCUACAGUGAUGUACAUGAGAAAAGUACAUCAACUUCCCUCUUGAUUGUCUAAUGAUGAUGAUAUAUGUACAAUUACAGGAAAUUGCCUCUCGUA